AGCGGCAGGAGCACGUACUGUGAAGUAACUUUGCUUGUGUCAGGAAGUGGUGUGUUCUUAUCAAUUGGUGUUAAAAAAAGUCGAGCAGACAAUGAAUCAAGCGCCAGUGUCGUGUAUUCCCAACACCAAAAUGUCGAAGGCGCGUAAAGUCAUCGACGAAGCGAAGGAAAUCCAGAAUCCUGAGCUGGAUUUGGCCGAUAAAGGGAUAGCACACUUCGAGGAGAUGCCUGGCCUGUUUAAUAUGGUAAACAUCACGAGACUGACUCUCAGCCAUAACAAAAUUCAAGCUGUACCUCCAGGCUUAGCAAAUAUGGUUAAUCUGGAAAUCCUAAAUUUAUUCAACAACCAAAUUGAGGAAUUGCCAACAUCCUUAUCAUCAAUGCCAAAACUGAGAAUUUUGAAUGUGGGAAUGAAUCGUCUGGAUUCGCUACCACGCGGGUUUGGUGCAUUUCCAGUGCUGGAAGUUCUGGACCUCACGUACAACAAUCUCAAUGAAACUGUCCUUCCUGGGAAUUUCUUCAAGCUUGAAACUCUUCGUGCUCUGUACCUGGGUGACAAUGACUUUGAAACUCUAUCACCUGAGAUAGGACAGCUAAAGAAUUUACAAAUUCUGGUGCUGCGUGAGAACGACCUGGUGUCGCUGCCAAAGGAGAUAGGGGAGCUGCACCGGCUGCGUGAGCUGCACAUCCAGGGCAACCGACUGACUGUGCUGCCGCCAGAGCUCGGUCAGUUGGAUCUCAUCAGCAAUAAAUCAGUCCUGAAGAUGGAGAACAACCCGUGGGUCGCACCGAUUGCAGACCAGCUGCAAGUCGGUGUCUCGCACGUCGUCGACUACAUACGAUCUGACACUUACAAGUUUGUUUACAAUCGACACAUGCAGACAGAGACUCCACCACCACCAAGGACAAACGACAAGAGGAUGAAAAUCUCGAGACGCCAACAGAGUUAAUCUCGGAAAACUAUUUUGGAAAUUAGCUACUGAAAUAUGUAGCCAGUGUCACGAAUGAUGGACUAAUGCUAUGUUUAUAGAUUAACAGAGUUAGUGUCAUUUAAGGAUUUUCCGAGUUGGCUCCACAAAACUUUAUAGGUUUUUAACUGUGAGGGCUAUCUGGAAAGUAACCUCCUUUAGGCUAUAAAUAAAACAGUGCAAUAGUUAAAGAAGAUUUAUCAGAAAAAUUAUUAAAACAACAUCUUUGUAUGAAAAAUCCAAAAAUUAAGAGUGCUUGAUUGUUUAAAAAUUGAACAGGUAAUGAAAAAUUUACAAAUUUAGAGAUGUAGAUCAGACAUUAUUUUUUUGACGUAGUCGCUUUAAUUCUCAAAGCACUUUGUGCCUAGGGACGAGCUUUCUGAAACUUUUGACAAAAAAGUCUCGUUUGGACUCUUUGGCUCAUUGUUUGUGACAAAUUGGACCUUGCCAUUGGUAGAAAACCAUUUUCAACCCAUAAACAACUUCAUAGAGGUGUCAAAUAAGUGCUGUGAGUGAGGUGGUCGAUAAUGUCCCAGACAGAUGAACCCAAAGGUUUCUUUGUGGCACUGGCUGUGUGGGGAUGUGCAUUGUCACGCAACAACCACAGUUCCUUUGUUAACAUUCUCCGUCUUUUGCUCUGUAUCAACCUCCUUCAUUUUUUUAGGAUUUCUCAGUAUCAUGCAGCAUUAAUUGUUUCAUUCUGGGGGAAAAGUUUGAGGAGAAGAAUCUAUUUAGUUGUGCCACACCACACAUUUACCCUGAGGGAUGCAUGUUUUUGCUCACGAAUGAUACAUGAAUAGUACCCCAGAACAUUUUUUGUUGUGACAAUUAAUGUUACUACAGUCCGUCCCCCGUAGUUGAGUGGUCAGCAUCACAGAAUGUUAAUCCUAAGGGCCCGGGUUCAAUUUUCGGCUGGGUCGCAGAUUUUCUCCGCUCAGAGACUGGGUGUUUUGUUGUCCUAAUCAUCAUCAUUUCCUCCCCAUCGAUGCGCAAGUUGGCAAAGUGGCGUCAAAUCAAAAGACUUGCACCCGGCGAAUGGUCUACCCGAUGGGAGGCCCUAGUCACACGACAUUUACAUUUUACGUGACCACUGGUAUAAAAGGUAACUUUGUCACUGUAAAUCAUUUGCCUGACAAUGCCUGGUUGCAUCCAUGACAUUUCUACAAGAAUCUUGGAGCGUUCUUGUUCCUGUUUUUGCUGAGCGGUCAAAUCUUGGACAGUUUGUAGGUGAUUUCGUUGCAUGUCAAGGUCCUUGGAUAGAAUUUGGUUCACUGUCCUCUGUGGAAUCCUUAUUUGCUGACACCAACGUCUUGUCGAUUUUGAUGGAGCCUGUAGUGUGGCCUCCUGCAAUAGAGCCAUCUUCACUUCACUUCUACCUGUUCAAGGUCACCGCCCCCCCCCCCCCCCCCCCAACUCCUGUGAUAAUUAUCUGCUUCUGAUUCAUUUGCUUCAAACUUCUGGUAAAUGUGAUAAAUUGCUAAAUGAGUUGGUGGCCAUCUAUGUGGAAAUUGUUCUGCAAAUCUUCGACACACUUCUGUUGCCGACUGCACGGCUUCCAUUAAACUUGCAACCACUCUUCUCCGCUCGAGUGUGAGUCUAUCAGUCACAUGUACUAGCAAACUGGAAUAGAAUACGAAACAAAAUUAAGAUUGUUCACAUAAUUUUGAUUCGCCCCAUAUUUAGUGCAGUGAAAAGGCUGUGUGGUAAAAUCCAACACAUACAUGUGGAAUAACAGGAAGAAUGAAGUAAAACAACAAAAAAUCUUGACCACUGAAGGUGCUUUAAAAUAAGGUGAAAAGCAUUUGGUCUUAAUAAGAUUUUAAUUACUGUCACAAAAGAUGGUAAUUAACGUAUAAACUGUACCAGUCACUUACAUGUAGUUUUUUUUAAAGAAAUAGCAGUUCUGUAUAUGAAAUAUUUUUAGCUUCAUAUUCUUAUCUUCUCCUCUUAGGAUGAAUGAUAUAGCUGGAUAGAAUAAUUUAUGGGUGCAUGUAGAGUGUGCGUGUGUCUGUCUGUCUGUCUCUGCACACGCACGUGCACGUGUUUGAGAGUGCAUGCAAGGGGGAAGGAGAGAGAGAUUUCAUGUUUAUUGUGAAAACUUUUAGUUCAGUCAUUUUUCCUCAAGUGAUGUAAGCUAAUGCUUAUGACUAGGAUCGACAUUUAUGUAAAUGUGUGUGUGUGCACAUUUUCUUGUAUCUGCUGCUAAUGAAUCUCUGUGCCUACGGUUAUUAAUUAUGAGCUCCGUCAAGAAUAGCCUGUUAUGUCUGUUGACAGUACAUUUUAACAAUUUCGGUCUUGAAGAACAGGCUGCAGUGAGGGAAUGCUUCCUAAAGGCAUUAACAAAUUGAUUCUGAGAUCACUGCCAUUAUAUAAAUGUUAAAAUAUUUUUGUAAUCAGUAUUUAAAUAACUGCUGUUAACAAAUGUCGAGAAAUGUAUUAUGUGUGAAAUUGCUUGUAUUUUUAUGUAUAACAUAAGCUUUAAAACAUUAAAUUGAGAAAAAUA